ACAGACAUACAGUACACACACACACACACACACACCACCACCACCACCACAUUUACACACAGUACACACUACAUACAUACUGUACACACAGCAUAUAUACAGUACACACACUACCACAUAUAUACACACAUACACACACCACCACAUAUACAUACUACACACACAUACAGUACACAUAGUACAUAUACCAUACCUCCCAACUGUCCCAAUGUUUUCGUGGGACAGGCCCAUUUUUCUGAGACUGUCCCACCCGCCGGCCAUAGUGUCCCGUGGUGGUGGGGGAGCAGUUGGGAGGUUCCUGUCACUUUGCAUCAGAGAACAGCAGAGUGAAUAGGCACUGUGCGCAUGUGCAUAGCAUCUAUUCACAGGACAGCGCUGGGCAUGCCCCCUCAGUGACGAAAACGGGGGCGUGGAUAGUGAUUGCGGCACUCCUGUGAAGCCACGCCCCCUCCUCCAUAUGCCACGCUCCCUUAUGGGGGAUAAGGUCACGUUUCCCCUCAUAAAGAUUUUGGGAGGUAUGCAUAUACAGUACACACACCACACAUACAGUACAGUAUAUACACACACACUAAUCCAUGAUACUCAUGAAGAAGCCAUUAUAGAACAGCUUACAGUACCAGGCUUUACGCAGCAGCAACUCUUUUGUGUAGUCUGGGGGUGGAGCUUGUGACUGUGAGUGACAGGCUCAGGACCCCGGUGAAGGAGAGACAUGAGGGGAGGGGCGGCCACCACACUCCCUGCAUGGCUCUCUGUGACUGAUCCCAGGUGAGAGAGCUGGAGCCGGAGGAGGCGGGGCAUGAGAGAAAGGACGGCUGCUGGCAGUCUGUAACAGGAAAGUUUUUUCUCCUGUCAACGCUGUCAGUUUACUGUGGGCCUAUUUUCAAUGGGAGGCCUGGAGCUGCAGCUCCAUCCGCCUCAUUGUUAAUCCGGCCCUGCCUACCUGGACCUUAAAAAGCACCCGGUACACUGGUCUGUAGCUGAAAAUGGUUCAGGUGAACAAUAUCUGUUGUAUUGGUGCAGGCUAUGUAGGAGGCCCAACAUGUACGGUCAUUGCCCAGAUGUGUCCUCAGAUAACCGUCACUGUUGUAGACAUCAACGAAGAACGGAUCCAAGCCUGGAAUUCUGGCCAGCUGCCUAUAUAUGAGCCUGGCCUACAGGAAGUGGUGGAGUCCUGUAGAGGAAGAAACCUUUUCUUCUCAACCAAUAUAAAUGAAGCCAUCAAAAAUGCGGACAUCAUCUUCAUUUCAGUGAACACUCCAACAAAAACCUUUGGCAUGGGUAAAGGCCGCGCUGCUGACCUGAAGUAUGUAGAAAGCUGCACCCGUCAGAUUGCAGAUGUAGCAGACGGCUACAAGAUAGUGGUAGAAAAAAGCACCGUGCCGGUUAGGGCGGCGGAAAUUAUCAGACGCAUCUUCAAAACCAGUACCAAGCCCAAUCUCUCUUUCCAGGUUCUUUCCAAUCCAGAAUUCCUGUCUGAAGGGACGGCCAUUUUAAAUUUAAAGAAUCCGGAUCGAAUCCUCAUUGGAGGUGAUGAGACACCAGCUGGUCAGGAGGCCAUUAAGGCCUUGAGUGAAAUAUAUACACACUGGGUUCCCAAAAAUAAGAUCAUAACCACCAACACCUGGUCAUCGGAGCUUUCCAAGCUGGCUGCCAAUGCGUUCUUAGCACAAAGAAUCAGCAGCAUAAAUUCUAUCAGCGCCCUCUGUGAGGUGACGGGAGCAGACGUCGGGGAGGUGGCUCAUGCCAUUGGUACAGACAGUCGUAUCGGGCGACCGUUCCUGCAGGCUAGCAUUGGUUUUGGAGGGAGCUGCUUCCAGAAAGAUAUUCUUAACCUGAUUUACAUCUGUGAGAGCCUCAAUCUGCAUGAGGUGGCCUCAUACUGGCAGCAGGUGCUACACAUCAAUGGCUAUCAGCGGCAGAGAUUUGCUUCCCGCAUUGUAAGCGGUCUUUUUAACACCGUGGCAGAUAAGAAGAUCGCGCUCCUGGGAUUUGCUUUCAAGAAGGAUACCGGGGACACCAGGGAAUCAUCAAGCAUCUACGUUUGCAAGUACCUGAUGGAUGAGGGUGCACGUCUGACAAUUUAUGAUCCAAAAGUGACGAGAGAGCAGAUCAUUCGGGAUCUUACCCACCCAGACAUCUCUGGGGACAAUCCCGAGAGAGUGUCAAAGCUGGUGACUGUCGUGCCAGAGCCGUAUGCCGCUUGUGAGAACACCCACGCCCUUGUGAUUUGCACUGAGUGGGACCUUUUCAAGGGUCUGGACUAUGAAAGUAUCUAUGAGAAAAUGCUGAAACCAGCCUUUAUAUUUGAUGGAAGGAGGGUUCUGGAUGGUUUGCACAAGAAACUCCAGCAGAUUGGGUUCCAGGUGGAGACAAUUGGAAAGAAAAUCCAUCCAGUGAUUUCGUCCCAUGCCAUACCCUUCCCUAAACAGCAAGAUCAGACCCCGGCAAAGAAAAUCAGGACAUAGAUCUCAGUUACACACGUAGCACAAGGAAGCGCUGCUUUAUUAAUAUACUAAAUAUCGCCCAAGUUUAUGUUCCUUUAAAGGGCACAAUAUAGUAUCAGCACUAAUUUGUACAUGCUCUGUUCCCUCACACAUGUAAAUUUAUACGUCACCAAAACUAUUAAUGUAUUUAAUUGUGUAAAUAAAAAAAUAGAACUUUAUCCAUAUUAA